AAUCUUGCGAAAAGCUUUCUUUUUGUCUCUUUUCCUUUAAGUAAAUUUAAGCCAAUUCCUUCUAUGACACCGUAGCCUUAAAUUGUUACCCUAAGCAUUUUCUGACAAAGACUUUGUACAGAUGAGGCCAAUUUAUACUCAAAUCGGAUUUGAAACAGAUAUUUGCUCCCUUUGAGUUCAAGAUAUCCUCAACCUAAACAUGGAAUGGAAAUUCUUAAUAUGAAGAUGACAGAUUUCAGAUCAAUGUCCAUUGCGUACGGGCAGAGCAAUGCAGUUGCAAUAACAACUCCUCCUCAAAUUGAGGAAUCUAAUUUUAGAUUGGAAGAUAAGCAAAUGAUAAUUUGAGAAAUGUAUAUCCGGUUCUGUAGCGCUUCUAGUUGUUCCAAAAAUUCGCAAUAUCCAAGAUUUGCAGCUUAAGAAACAAUGUGCAUUGACACUGAAAUUGUACUGAUAGGUCCAAGAUUGAAUGUGUAAACUGCACAGAGAAUUUUUCUAAGAAUACCCCAUUCAAAUUUUAUAAUCUUGCUUAUUUUGAUUUUGAUCUUGAGUAGGUCAGGCUCAGGGCAAAGAGCUCCAAAAAUCAUUGACGAUAGAAAAGAACCCUAAUGAUCAAUGCCCUAUAGUCCCAACUCUGCAUUCUUACAAGUUUGUUUGCUUGCAACCCAAUUAGCCAAUGAUCCCAAACUUGCAUUAAGAAAAGCCCAACAGUCUAAGCCCUGCCUCUAUUUUGAUCCUGCUCUCAAAGGCUCUUGAAUAAACCCAACUUGCUGAAGGGUAAAAGCCUAAUUGUCUCAAGAGUGCUUAACCUGCAAGAAACCCUACACAACUAGUUCCCUGAUCACUCCAACCUUCCCAGCAGUAAAAACCCAGUAAUCUCAAGUCUGCUUGCCUCAGUUGCCUCAUGAAUUACCCUAACCUUGCCAAAGAUAAAGCUCAAUAGGUUCAGUUCCACUUAUCUUGUAACAAGGUUCUUAGCAACUAAAUUGCCUCUUGAAUCACCUAAAACCUUGCCAACAUUGUCAAUACCUUUGGUUCUGAGGCAAAGAGGUUUGUGCUACUCAGUUGGUUCCACCCAUAACUUAAGGAAGGAUGUCAGACUAUGUGUUGAAGGAGGACUCAAAUGCAAGGACAGAUUCUUUGGCUGAGCAAAAGCUUGAAGUUGAGAAUUCCCAUUCUGGCCCAAGGAUGGUGUCAAUUUUGGCACCACAUAAUUCUGAUCAUCAAAUGACUUCAGAUUCAAAACUGGAUGCUGCCUUUGAUCAGAUCAAAGUUGAGGAGAGUUUCAAGAAAAGCUUGAAAAAACCAGUGACUGCAAUAAGUGACUCCAGUUCAGAUCAGCAGCUCAAAGGUGAGUCAAAAUCAAAUGUUGAUUCCGUUUCAUAUCAGCCUGAGAUCAAAGUGGAGAAGUCAGUUUCAAGUACUUCAACAAGGAAAGUGUCUGAUAUAAUAUCUGCAUUAGACCCAAAAAAAUCACAGGCAUCUGCUGAGUUUCCCAGAGUGCAGGAAACAAUUAGUCAGCCUUUUGUUCAUGAGACACCACCCCCUGUUGAGCUAAUUUCAGUUCAAGUACCACCUCCUAUUGAGCUAGUUUCAGCAAGAAUUCUACCUGAAAUGCCACCUGAUAUAGAGCCAGUUUCAGCCAUAAUUUCGCCCGAAACACCUCUAGAAUAUGCACCAGAUGAAAAUUCUGAAAAUUCUGCUUCAUUUAAUGUCAAACCCACCAGAAAGAUUCCUAAUUACAUGUCUGCUACAUUGUCUGCAAAAGCUAAGAUCCGGUCUCUUAGCAAUCCAAAGCCCAGUCCAGACGCUCAAGAAAACAAAAGAAAUCCAUCGAGUUCACAUGCAAAGCCACCUCCUUUUCAUGAGACUCUGCGCAUUCCUCAGAGAUCACUAUCACAAGUACGAAGAAACAUCCAUGGAAAUGGUGACACAAUUUCUCCAAGAAAUUUAACAGAGAAGUCAAAGAAGGAGUGGCGAUCAUGAAAAGGGAUGAUUUCUUCACCUUAUUAAUUUAAAAACUUUUAGAUGAGAUUCCAGUGGAGAACAUUGAUUCUUUUUGAGUUUAGCAAUGAUGUGCAGCUUGUUGAUCAGUCACUAUAUCUGAAAUGCCAUAGUUUGGCUAAUAAAAAUGCAAACUGAGAAUAUAUAUAUAUACAUAUAUAUCUUGGAUUUAGAUUGUAGACUUGCAUCCUAAGGUGCUUUCAUAAUAAUCUUGAAGCAAUCACCUUGUUUUAAAGAGUGUCUGAAUAGAUAGAGUGAUCCAAUAGCAUCCAAUAGUGAUUGGUUCAGAAGCAAUAUAUGUAGUCAGGCAUCAUAAUUAAUAAAGCUGGACACCCGGGUUCAAUUAUAGUCUCAGGAACCCAGUAUUGGUGAUGGGCAUUAUCUACAUUUUGGUGAAAUAUCUAGUCUGCUUCAGGCUGUUACAAUCAUAUGAUUUGUAGUAAGAGUGUUUGUGAAUAAAAUAAAAGUUAAGUAGCCUCAUCAA